CUGAUGCCGGGGCGUCCGGCUUGCCAGGUGGCGGAGGUCCGGCUUUCCGCGGCGCGGGCGCAGCCUCGGAGCUCGGCUGGCCACGCCUGGAGCGCGGGGUUGGACUGGGGCGCCGUUGUUGUAGAGACCGGGAGGCGCUGCCGCUCCGGGCGGACGGUUCCGGGCACCGCACGGUCCCCUUUCCUACCCCGCCCCCUCCCUCCCCCCGGUUCCCCCUGCGGGCAGGAGCCGGGAGCUGAGCGCUCCCCCAUGGCCUCCUCCCCGGAGGACCCGGUUCUGGAGCGUUACUUUAAGGGCCACAAAGCUGCGAUCACCUCCGUGGACUUUAGCCCCAACGGCAAACAACUUGCUACCGGUUCUUGGGAUACAUUUCUCAUGCUGUGGAGUUUCAGGCCACAAGCUAGAGCUUUCAGAUACGUGGGUCACAAGGAUGUUGUCACCAGCGUGCAGUUUUCUCCACUUGGAAACUUACUGGCAUCAGCUUCACGAGACAGGACCAUUAGACUCUGGAUCCCUGAUAAGAGAGGGAAAUCCUCUGAAUUUAAAGCUCACACGGCUCCAGUUCGAAGCGUGGACUUUUCAGCCGAUGGCCAGUUUCUUGCUACAGCUUCUGAAGACAAAUCUAUCAAAGUAUGGAACAUGUGUCGCCAGCGCUUCUUGUACUCCUUGUACCGACACACACACUGGGUUCGCUGUGCCAAGUUUUCACCUGAUGGCAGGCUAAUUGUAUCAUGCAGUGAGGAUAAAACUAUUAAAAUCUGGGAUACCACAAAUAAGCAGUGUGUCAACAACUUCUCAGAUUUCGUAGGGUUUGCAAAUUUUGUGGCUUUUAACCCUAAUGGUACAUGCAUAGCUUCAGCAGGUUCUGACCAUACUGUGAAAAUCUGGGAUAUAAGAGUGAACAAGCUACUCCAACAUUAUCAAGUUCACAGCGGUGGAGUUAAUUGUCUGUCGUUCCAUCCUUCGGGUAACUAUCUCAUCACUGCUUCUUCAGAUGGUACGCUGAAGAUCCUGGACCUCUUAGAAGGAAGGCUUAUAUACACACUUCAAGGACAUACGGGGCCUGUCUUCACUGUUUCAUUUUCAAAAGGUGGAGAGCUGUUUACAUCAGGAGGUGCAGAUGCACAGGUCUUAUUAUGGAGGACUAACUUUGAUGAACUGAAUUGUAAAGAUAUUAGUAAAAGAAACCUCAAAAGACUGCACUUUGAUUCACCGCCACAUCUUCUCGAUAUCUACCCAAGGACACCACAUCCGCAUGAGGGAAGAAUUGAAACUGUUGAAAUUAAUCCAAAGCUUGAUGUAAUCGAUUUGCAGACCUCUACUCCCCCUGUUGUGGACAUCCUUUCUUUUGAUUCUACCACAGACGAACAGCCUUUUCUUCCUGAGAGUGCUAGAAACUGAGAAUGAACCCUGCCUGUGUCGUGGCCCCGUGACAAGCCCGCACGGGUGACUCCAUAGCUCUGUGUUCUGCCUCUGAUUAAUCCAUGCGCACCUUGGUUAACAUGGCUUUUGAUCUCAAGGCAAGAACCAAAGACAGAGCAACACUCUGACUCACUUCUGAAAUGCAUCCGUCCUCUCCUGGUCAGGAUUCUCAGAUGAACUCAGUAACCGUCUGAAUCCUUUGUGUUGAUGGUAAACUCAGUGUAAAGCCUCCCACUCACUGGCCACCACUUCCUCUAGCCCUGCAGUUUUGAUAACUCAUCAGCCCCAGGAGGAACGCCAAUCCACCGAGCCUCUGCCUUUUCAUUGCUCACAUUCUGUGUCUGUGUGCACGUCUCUUCUUAAUGGGCUUAGAUUCUAUAGUCAUCAUCCUAGCCAUGCCCUUGCCCCCUUUCUCUCUCCAUUGUAGUCACCCCAAAAACUUCAGCCUGGUUAAAUUUUGCUGCCAACUCUGUACACCCAAGCAACUGAACUUGACUAGCCAGCCAUGCUGACUGACUUCCCCUUAAAUUUAUUCAUACAAAACUCCAGGAGCACUCAGUACUGCCUAGCAAUCCAUUUACUAAGUAGUUCCCUCCUCUCUGUCCUGUGACAUCAGCGCUUUCUUUCUGUUUGAUCUUAUUCAUCAGCACACGUUUUGUAAUGUAGUUCUCAUCUUUCACAAGGAAAACUUCAUUUGACCCCUCAUCUGUUUCCAACUCCUGUCGCAUUGCUCUGCUCUCCUUUUUGGCAAAACUCCUGAAAAGAAAGGCAUACAUUCAGUCUUCCUGUUUUCAUUUUCCUUUUUUUCACUCUUCUGAAUUCACUCCAGUUCAGCUUUUGCCGCACCAUUCCACUCUUGUCCAGGUUCCAGUGAUUCAGCCACAUCAGUUUUUCUACAGGACUUGGUCUUGGUGACCACUCCCUUCUCCUUACUUGGCUUCUAGUCCAGUACCUCUCCUUCCACAUGAGCCGCUAGUCAUCUUUCCUGCUCCUUUCUUCCUGCCUUAUAAAGUCUUCGCAGUUAUUCUGUUUGGUUCCUAGACUCAUAGCUAUAAAGAGUUACAUGCCUCACACCCCAACUCCAAGGGAACAGAAGCUUCUGCAAGUGGUACCCUUCCAGGUACCCUGCCUUAGGUACCUCUUCACCUGGCUGUUCAUUUGUGUCCAUUGUGAAAACUGGUCAAUACAUGUAUGUUCUAUGCUGUGUGCUAAGCCACCUCAGUUGUGCCCAACUCUUUGCAACCCCAUUGACUGUAGCCUGCCAGUCUCCUCUGUCCAUGGGAUUUCCCAGGCAAGAAUACUGGAGUGGGUUGCUGUUCCUUUCUCCAGGGAAUCUUCCUGACCCAGGGAUCAAAUCUGGGUCUCCUGUAUUGUAGGCAGAUUCUUUGUGACUAGCACCGCCCGGGAAGCUUAUAUAUAUUCUGAUAAUUCCCAAAUUUAUAUGUUUAGCCCCAGCCUCUCCACAGAAAUCUAGAUUCAUGUAUUUCCAGUUAUAUCCAUGACUUUUCCCUUUGAAAAUCACCUAAGCAUCUCAAACUUAACAAGCCCAAAAUUUAUUCUCUACCUUCCUUCACAUUAAAAAAUGCAUCAUCAGUGGAGCUAAAUCAUAAUGUAACACCUUACCCAGCUUUAUUUUUCUUUAUAACCCUUGUUACUACCUGAGAUUACAUCACAUAUCUGUAUAUUUACUGGAAUAUAACCCCAUGUCAACAGGAUCUCUUUUGUUUAUUCACUUCUUGUAUUAGGCAGAGUAAUGGUCCAAAAAGAUGUCCAUGUCCUCAUCCCCAGCAUCUGUGAAUAUGUUUCUUUACAUGGCAAAGGUGCUUCCCAGGUGGCACUAAUGGUAAAGAACUUGCCUGCCAAUUCAAGAGACAGAAGAGACUCCAGUUCGAUCACUGGGUAGGGAUGAUCCCCUGGAGGAGGGCAUGGCAACCACUCCAGUAUUCUUGUGUGGAGAACCCCAUGGACAGAGGAACCUGGCGGCCUAUGGUCCAUGGAGUUGCUAAGAGUCAGACACAGCUGAAGCCACUGAGCAUGCAAGCAUGCAUGCACAUGGCAAAGGGGCUUUGAAAAUAUGAUCAAGUUAAGGAUCUUGGUAUGGGGAGAUUACUCUAGGUUAUGGGCUGGUGCAAUCACAGCGGUCCUUAGAGGGCAUCGAGGGAAGCAAGGGAAGCAGAGAAGUAGAGAUCAGAGUGAUGGAGCCUAGAGCUACAAAUGUCAGCCUCCUCAAGGAGCUGGAAAAGGCAAGGAUAGACUCCCCCCAGGACCACCAGAAGGAACUCUGUGGGGAACUCUGCUGACACCUUGACUUUAGCCCCAUAAAAUCUAUCUGGACCUUCAGAACUUUAAGAGAGUAAAUCUGUGUUGUUUUAAGCCACUAAACUUGUGGGUAAUUUGUUAAGUCAUGGUAGGAAACUAAUAUACUCCUAUAUCUCUGGCAUCUAAAAUUUUCCAGACCCAUAAGUGCUAAAAUAAAACAAUCUUGUUUGAAUAAAUGGUAUAUCUUCAUUGUUUCAGAUACCAUAUAAAGAUAAUUGGAGUUUCUAAUCUUGAUUCUGAAUGUUCUCAUUGAAAAUAAAUGAUCCAUUCUUUCUUUGAGUCUUUGCUUUUAUUUUUGUCCAGGCAAAAGAUAUUUUUUGUUAUCCUAGUCUAUUUCAGGCAGGCAUUUUAUAAGAGAGAGAGUAGUAUGCAUGUAGUGACUUAAAAACUCUCAGAAUGUCAGGAAUGGAAAGGACUUUUAAAGGGCAUUCAGUUUGAAUUUCCUGAUCUGAUGUUUGUGUGUUUCUCACAAUAUUCCUGACAAGUGGCCAUCCCAAGUCUAUUUUAGAACCUUCAAUGAUGGGAAACUCACUUUAACUGCAGGGGUCAAGACCACUUUUGGAUAGACUGUUCUCACUUUGUUUUAUUUUCUACUUUAUAGAAUUAAAGCAAAACUAGAAAUGUUAAUUAUAAGCCCAAACUGACUUAUUUUAGGGCUUCCCAGGUGGCACAGGGGAAAAGAAUCUGCCU